AUGAGUUUAUCGAUGAUAUUCCCAGCAAUCAUAUUCACAUUGGCUUUCUUACUUAUGGUCACAAGCACAGAAAGCAAAAGGUAGGUCACACAUGCUCAUGUUAUCAGAAUUCAACGAAUCACCAAUUAUCAAUUUAGAUAAAUUAUGCCGAAUUGCAAUACCAGUUUUCUGCCCAGGCUUGUUUCUUCGAGACCGAGGAUAGUUUUAGGCAUGACUAAGCUAAAUGGAGUCGCUAUAUCUAAUCUCAGUUUAUUUGUUUACAUUUUCCCAGUCAAAAUAAUGUUUUCCCCUUUUUUGGCAGAGCUGACUCAGGAUCAACCAUCGCUAAUUCCAUAAAGGUUUGUUGCUUUCAGGUUAUUAUUUCUGAUCUAUUUAAAACUGAGAUCAUAAAAGGGUUAGUCUCCUCGUCUGUUCGAAUAUCAUUGCCAAGGUGUUUUAUACUUAUCUAGUUUUUUUUUUUAAACUCAGGAUGCUUCCAUCAAAAAGAACAUCAUGAGAGCCGGAGUCAACAGGGGUCUGAAGGAAUGCCGACGGCUUUUUAAGGACGAGGUCUGGGACUGUAGCUUUUAUAACGAAAGUGUGACUGGAGAAUUACCUGACUUUAUUCUUACAACUCUGCCUUACGGUAGGUUUUCUGAUGAUUAUUUCAUGCAUCAUAGGCAAAGUAAAUUGCCUCUUUUGAGCUUGAUUCAAUACAUCAGAGAUAUUCAAGGUUCUUCUUCAGGCUUCUAUUUCCAGAUCCUUCUCUUUCUUCUUAUUUGGACCUAAAUAAUAAUAACAAUAACACAGUGUGGUUUGGCCUUUCGACACCAUGUUCAAUACAUUAUUGUUGCCUCAGUAACAUGUCACGUGAACGUGAAUCUAAGCAGCGAUUGGUUAUUAUUCUUUUUACACCAAGAGAAUACCAAUUUAAAAUAGGUAUUAUUCCCUUUGUUCAAAUAUCUUUUGCUAUUGAACUUAUAUCUCAAACAUCCAAUCCCUUUCUGUUGUAGCCAAUAAGGAGACGGCGUUUUUACAUGCGAUCACCACCGCUGGCAUCCUUCAAGAAAUCCUUUCCAAGUGCGAUGCAAACAAAAUUACCGAAUGUAGUUGCAACAAAAAAAGACGGCAAUCGCGUGGAUGCAGCGAAAAACUGUUGUUUGCCGAGAAGAUGACGCUGAGUCUCACAGCAACUGAACGACAAGGGAACGACGAACGAAGAACAAUCGACAAAGACAAUAAAAAAGUGGGAAUACAGGUUAGUGAUGUUUUCGUAUUUUAUUUAUUCGUUUACUGUAUUUAAUAUUGUUUGCCCACUUACAUAUCAUUUUCUGCAACUUUUUAUUGUCGGAAAUACUCAUCUAUUUAUCUCUUUUGAUCGUGGGACAGUGACAAAGAUGUACAUGUUACAUUUUUAAUUUUAUAUUUUAGAUCUGUGACAUUUGUAUUUCUUAUUUUAGCUUUUAAUACUUUUUAUUUUUUACGGAGGACCUCCCUGAAAACCACGUACUUACGUGACGGGUGCUUCCUCCUUAAAGAUUGUUUUUUUAUUAUUAUUAUUAUUAUUAUUAUUAUUAUUAUCAUUACAUGCAGAAUACUUUUCGAAGAAUCGAUAGAAACGCGAUGCCUCUUCAAACUGUGCGUUACAUCCAGUUUUCUCCCUUUUUGUUUGAGAAAAAUUACUCAAUGACCACAUUGCCAGUUAACUGAAAUUUUUCUGUGUCGGAGUAGGGAGGAGGAAUUCAUUUGACCUAAGGGGUUGUGUGCUGUUAAACAGGAUAUGGGUGUUUUUUUACAUAUUAGGGUCUUUCUUGUUGGACCGGAAGCGUAGAAUAGUGUUCCAGCUAGGCGAUGUGUUAUCAAAAUGAGUGGCAUAAACAAUUGUUUUAAUCCUUUAAUCCUGCACAAUCCCGCAUUCCUUUGUUUCUAGAGAAAACACCGCCUUUACUGACAUAUUCUCUUGCAAUGACACCCGCGUAACACUCGUAGAUAUUGGCGAAACUUUUCAAACGUUACAAAAUUGAUUGCUCAUCAGCUUCCAAUACAUCCAUCCAGUGACACUUAGCUAUGGUUUGUUUCUUAAAUACCACUGAUUAUUCUGACCAGUGUUUUUCAUACCCAAACAGGUUUUCAAGACGAAUUAUAAUCGUAAUUGUCUUGGCAGAGUGACUAGAAAUUGUUACAAUUUUCAAGACGUCGCAAAUGAACUCAAAAAUAAAUAUCAUUCUGCCAUCAACAAGACGAACAAGGCACAGCAGCUCGAUAUUGGAGGGGUUUUCCAACGAAAUAAUAUGCAAGAACUCACUUAUUGGGAUCCGUCGCCUGAUUACUGCGUACACGAUGUCACCACUGGCUCACCAGGCUUGAAAGGAAGAGUCUGCGGAAAUGAUGGCACAAAAACACGCCACUGCAGAUCGCUUUGUAAAAAAUGUGGCCUGAAACUGCGGAGAAUGAGUCCUGACAACUGCAGAGAUUGUCCAGAUAAAUAUACAGUCUGCAUGGAGAAGAAAACAGUCCACCCAUUCAAAAGUUUAAAUUGAGAAAUUAAUCGUUUGGCCUUACGUGGUCAAGGCAAUUUUAAUGAGAAAAAGUCGUCGAGGUUUAGUCUUUUAGGUCAGGUUCUUCUUGAUGGGCUCCUAAAUCCAUCGCUUGUAGAUUUUAGUGAUACAAUGAACCCACAUUUGUGACUUACGCUAUAUUAUCAGGUCUAUAUAGCCAAAUAUUAUUGAACUUUAGAGUGCUUAGAAACGCAUACGUUGACCGCUUUCCAAGAGGGAAGUACAUGUGGUUAUAAUACGAGAUUGUUAAUUGAAGGGAUUUGCUCGCAUGGCGUUAGAGUAUCACAGCUAGUUCACACUUUGUAACAAGCUGUACUGCUUGUUGUUAAGAAUUUUAGUAGAAAUAUUUUAUCCUGUCCCUUAUAUCUAUUUAAAGAAUCCCUCUGUCCUCUCGUAAUUUUGUAUUAAAAUGUGCAGUAUUAGAGAGGUGCAGCAAAAGAUCUGUUGAAGAAAAUCUUUUAGAAAAGUUGUAUUUGUAUACUCUUUUGUAAACGAAACCAAAAUCGAUUAAUUUUCGUUUAAUCGAACAGUUAAUGACGAGGCACAUCUGAUAAAUAUGUGUUGGCCAUGUUUAAAACUUUUUCUUCAGGGAAAAAAUGAAUAAUAAAUGAAUAAAAAU